AUGCCAAGUUCACAACUUCCAUUUGAAAAUGUCACUAUUACCACCUCCACUUCCUCGAAAACAACAGCGAAAAUGGCUCGUACAGAAACAACAAUUUCUGAACCAACAGAAGUGAUAUUCGAAGGAAAUGUGAAAUUUGCUAUGGAAUGGCACCCCGCUCUACAAAACAAAUCAAGUGAUGAAUACAAGAAUAUCUCAAAUCAGUUCCUAAUGCUGAUGAAUUCAGUGUAUAAAAAUGGAGAAUUAAAGAGUGUUUACAUCAGAACAGAAAUCAUCAGUAUCACUCGUGGUAGUAUAGACAUUAAAUACAAUCAGAUAUUUAAGGAUCCAGAGGUCGAUCUAAGUAACGGAACAGUGAUAGAAGUAACCAACACCACCGUCAUCGACGUGUUCGAAAAAGGGAUCGAGGAACUGGAAAAACAUUCAUCCAAUCAUACCCAGGCUCUUGCACAAACAUUUAAUAUCACACACGCGAAGAUAGUACUCCGAGAAUUACCACAGCCAAAACGAUCAACCCCCUCUCCAACAAAACGAUCAUCCAUCCCUCAGUCAACAGCUAAAACGACGAAACCUAUAGAAGUAACAGAAACACCGGAAAACACCGAGAACUGGAUAAAAUCUAACAUGGGCGUGGUGAUUGGUGCAUCUGCGGGUGCGUUUGUUCUACUGAUAGUCGUGGUCCUAAUCAUUCGGAGAGUCAGAAAGCCUGGCAAAGAUGCCGUGCUAUGGGACGAUAGUAUCGGACCUACGUUUACUAAACUUGAUCAGUCCGAGGAAUAUGCGCUUUCUGCUACCAAUCCUACCUACACUUACACGGGUGGAAAGCUUGAAAUAGACAAUUCUUAACAUCAGUAGUGUGUAGGACCCAUCACUCCCUUAAGACUUUACAUCAUAUGCAUGCACUUUAAAUGAAUUGUAUAUAGAAAAAUGUUUCGUGUGUGAUAUAC